AUGCCUCAAAUAAUGAAUCGUCUUCGCCAUAUCGCUCGCUCCAUCAAAGGUGCCUGCCAUAUCAACAGAAAGAAUCGCCGCUCAGCCAGAGCCCCAACGAUUACCAAACAGUUUGAUCAAAGUGUCCAAGAAGAUCAAGCAUCGCACGAUCCGAUUGAACAGCAGUCUUCGGCAGGCCCAAACGAUGCUAGCGCAGACCAUAUUCCGAUUACUCUUCGGGCCUAUUCCAUGUCACCACAGGUAACUAUGCCUGUUCAAUCUGCUUCAGUGGAGCCACGAGUAGCUACUCAAAAUUCAACUCUACAUCAUCCACGAGGCUCCAUCACUGCUCAAUCUUCCUCCUUGUCACCGAGAGUGGUUGCACCGCAGACGUCUUCAUAUCGCUUGUUGCGAGGCUCGGAUACUGCUCGAUCCACCCCCUUGGGACCGAGAAUUGUCAGUAAUCCUGAGCCACCCGCAUCGCGAUCGAGAAUUCCAGUUCCUGUUCGGUCCUCUUCCUUGCAACCAAGAGUUACUACUCCUGUUGUUUCCGACCCACAACGACGAGCACCAAUCUACUCAGAGGAACAUGCGUAUAUAUCAAGUAUUCCGGUUGCUAAUAGACCUGCUUCAUCGCAAUCAAGAGUUGUAAGUGCUCCGCCACCAUAUUCUUCUCACCCACAAGUUGCAAGCUCUGCUCGAUCUACUUCGCUUCAAUCACGAGUACCUAUCCCUUCGCAGCAACUAUCUUUGCAACGAACCACCCCCAAUGCUGCUCGACCUGAGUCGCUGCAACCAUUAGUGCCUUUUCAAACCAGACAGUCGACACUGCCGUUAUCACGAACUCCCACUGCUGAUAGAUUGACCUCAGUGCAGCCAGACUCUGCUAAUAUCGCUGAGAAUCUUUCAUUACGAGUUGCUAUUUUGCAUCGGCCUUCCUCAUCGCGUCAACCUCUCCAAGAAGUCCCAACAAGCACUGCAGGAGGCAGAUCGUCAACUAGACGCCCAAAUUUAAAGAAUGAUGGUGCUAGUACAGAUCGAGUAGCCGGCGCCAUGUCAUCAACUAAUCGUCGACACAUACACAGCAAUGCUGUCGACAGAUCAUCAACUAAUCGCCGAAGUACACAGAGCAAUGGUACUGGUUCUACUACUCUUUUCAGAAGACGACCAAACCAUGCCGACAGCACUGGCAGCAUGCAUGUCGAAUCGGGUUCUCCAGUUAGAGAAUAUGUCACAGAUCCCACGGCUGGACCUAGACAAUCUGGCUCCCCUCCCUCUUAUUCUGACGUAAUUAGUCACUCAAACCAAUCGAUUACUCCUUAUCCACGACGAGAGCUUCAAUCUGCUCGAGGUCGCGGACUACCUCGGUCGCCGGGCAUGUUUUUUGAUCCUUUUUCUCUAAUUGAGGAUGAGAUCAACGAUCCUAUCCAUCCAAACAACGUCAGCAUUGAACGGUAUGUUCGAAACUUUAGGAUUCCAGACUCAUAUCCAGAGCGCGCACCAGCCCCCAGGUCUAGCCCAGUUGCUGGUCAUCAUGAAGAUCGCGAUUCCGGUCUUCAUCGUCGAUCACGUGGUGAGAUUCGUGCAGCAAGAAAAGCCAGAGAAGCUGGAGAGGCUAGAGAAGCCUUCAUCAUUAUGAUACUUGAUCAAGUUAGGGAUACUGAUGACUCCGAAAUUGAUGAGUGCUUUUGCCUAGAACCAUACGCUGGUCAUUUACAUGAAGCUGUUCACAUGCCACUUUUACCUGUCCAUUGUGCAGAGUAA